AUCCCAUCCAAUCCAACAGACUUGACCUCAUCUCAAGAUAACAACCACCUCCAUAAAUCCACACUACAUCAAAUUUCCAAACACCAACAAACCACAUACCAAUCCUCCAUCCAUCCUCAAAACCAACCAAACCACCAUGUCCUCCUCCUUCUCCAACACCAACAUGAACAACACCUCCAACCCCACCUCCUGCGGCGCCUCAGACGCCAGCUCCAUCUUCUCCUUCAAAGGCCCCAACAGCGACCUCAAGUCCAAGUCCAAGAAGCACUGGUUCUCGCGCAGCAGCAGCAGCAGCGUCAGCAGCAAGAGCAAGGGCAAUUUGUCGCAGUCCUCGCCGUCCGCGAUGCGCUCCACGGAGAAGAUGGCGCUGCAUAAUGAGGCGAUUGCUACUUAUAUGAGCUAUCGGUAGAUGGGUUAUUCUAUGGUAGCAUAUACUAUGGCGAACUGAGUGCGUUCGAUUGGCUGUGACAUCUUGUUAUGUGCACGGGGUUUAUAUGAGUUCUAAUGUGGAGUUUGGUUGCUUUGAUGGAUGUGGGUUUACUUGUAUUUAGAUUGUUUAACUCGCUAUAUUUAAUGGUUUAUUCAAGAUAUACUAUGCUCGGAAUACUGAUUGCUAGCUUCA